GCUCGGGUGGAGCCGCGGAGGAAGUGAAGUGUCAAUGCGAGUCUCCCCAAUGCAGGCGGGACGGCUGACUGCUGCCUCGCCGAAAAAAGCAGCGCUUCAGCCGUAAACUGACCGAAGCGAGUCCGUCGCAGAGGUUUUGCGGUCGGAGCUCCCGAGGACUGACGUCAUGCCGAAGAAUGUUCCGUAAGGGAAAGAAGCGUCACAGCAGCAGCAGCUCCCAGAGCAGUGAGAUCAGCACAAAGAGCAAGUCUGUCGAGUCCAGCCUGGGAGGACUUUCCCGGACCAGCACAGUCGCCAGCCUCGACACCGAUUCCACCAAAAGCUCAGGUAACAGUGCCUCAGAUACCUGCGUGGAGUUCCGGGUUAAGUAUGUGGGGGUGAUUGAGCAUCUGCGGUUUGAUAUGUACAAGACCCUCCUGGAUCCGUUGGACCUGAUAAGCUACAUCGACGCCGCCCAGCAAGACGGAAAGCUGCCAUUUGUACCUGGAGAGGAAGAGUUGGUCCUGGUCGUUUCCAGGCAUGGCGUGAAGGUGACCUCCAUGAAUCAGAGCGAUGUGCUGCAUCGCCACCCGCUGUACCUCAUCGUACGGAUGCUGUGCUAUGACGACGGGCUGGGCGCCGGGAAAAACCUCCUGGCGUUGAAGACCACCGAUGCAGGGCAACGGGACUGCAGCAUCUGGGUCUAUCAGUGCAGCACCGCGGAACACGCACAGGCAAUCUGCAAGGUACUGUCGGCCUCCUUCGACUCCGCCCUGGUGUCAGAGAAGGCUUGAGGGACCCGUUACCUGGCUGAUGACGUCGCCGGCAGCCGUCACUGUUGUUUACUGGCAUGUUUUGCACUAAUGCCUUUCCUUCACGAAGCAUGCAGACAUCGUUGCCUAUACAGACCAUUUGUCUGAUGUAAUUUAAUCGAGGCAAAAAAAAAAAAGGCUUUGGCAUUAACCAGCCAAUAGGUGCACAAAGGCACAUCACAUGAUCACAAGGAUGCUGUACAUCUCCCCUUUGUACUUCCUGCCCCAUUGCGUUGUGGGUUGUUAUUUCACGUUUUAACCAGUACUUUUUAAUCUGUGGUACGAGUGGAAUGGAUCAUACAUACGGUACAAUAAAAAGAAAAAAUUGUUUUGAAUGAAACAAA